CACCAUUCUGACCCAUUGCUCUUGCCACAAGCAGUCUUUCUCUCCCCUCUGCGUUUGCCCGGCAAGUCUCGUCUGGCUUCUAAAGUGCGCCUGAGACGGCUGAUACCUUACAUAUACUGCUUUCUAGCUAGCAGGAACACUUGGACAUCCUCAGCGACAAGCACCACCCUCGCCUCCAUACGGCUUUCAUUUACCACCUCUCCACCCUGCACCAUCGGGGUUGCCAUGACGAUGUCUCUUACAUCUGAGGAGUGGGAGCGAUGGAGGAACGUUAUCCAUACCCUCUAUAUCCUUGAGGAUCUUCCCUUGUGCGGGCCCUCGGGGGUAAUCGAGAAGAUGAAACUUCGCUACGGCUUCCGUGCAAGCAAACGCCAGUACGAAUAUCGAUUUCAGCAAUGGGGUUUUGAGAAGAAUAUGCCUGGGGGGAACUACCCGAUCAUCAUGUCAAGACUCGGUAAACGAAAACUGGAAGGAAAGGAAACCAACGUAUUCUGGAGAGGAGAGCUAGUACCUGCCGCAAAGGUCCGGAAAGAAUCAUCCCGUCAUGGCUACAUGACAACCUUAGAGAGGUUGCACAUGGCGAGAGGUAAUUAUUGCUGAAGAAGGUCGUUCCCAGUUGUCACUUCAGCUUAACAACUCUGCAGAACCUGAUGCGGCAACAUCGCCCGCGACACCUGCGGGCGUCCAGAUCUGCACCCCUCCUCCCUAUCCUGUGUUCCGGAGAGUGUUCCAGGAGCUAC